AUGGGAUAUUUGUUAUCUGGCUCAUUUGAUGGUUACUUUGGCAGCUUAUACCUUUUGUGGAGUGUCUUUAUUAACACUGACUGCAAUAAGUGUGGACAGACUUUUCGCCUUGCUACUGGGGCUCAGAUACAGACAAGUUGUAACUGUAAAAAAGACAUACAUAGCUAUCAUUGCCUUCUGGAUUGUUUCUGUUGUUGGCGUACCAGCUUCUACAGCUAUAAGAGAAUAUGUUACAUAGGUACAGCGCUGUGCUUAGCCAUCACAAUCGUCGCUUACUCAAAAAUUUUCUUCCGUCUGCGUCAUAACCAAAUUCAUCGGAUCCACCCCUAGCCUGCGAACCGCAGACGCAUUUCCGGUCGUCGUUUCUCUCCCUCCGAAAAAUAGCGUCUGCGAACCCGAGCGACAAAACGAUUUCCGUGACGUAAAACCUCUUGUUUUGAUGUAGGCCAAUCAGAUCAAAGGAUAGAAUACAGCUCGAGUGACUCCUCGCGACCUCGCGCGCUGAAGUGUCUUGGAUUUUGGAGAGAAUUACCAAAUACGCUUUGGAACGUGAAUUUCACGACCAUAACAAGGUGUCCUGCGACGUUGAAUGCUGACUUCUUUAUGAAGCAACUGCUUCUUAAGCUAUGUAUGUGAUGUGGGCCUUUGGUUUCGCAUUAUAAAAUACGGUAAUACGUGACAUAAACAAAACCUGGACAAAAUAAUCGCUACAGUGAAAGGAAAGUAACAUAGCUUAAUGACAUCGCGCUCAGACUUAUUUAUUUCAAUUUAACCAGCGCUGACAAAAGGUGGUGAAUCAAUUAUACAGGUACAUCCUUGACUGAUUCAGAAAUCUCUAACAAUCGCUCGUUAAUAAUUCUAGUAUCGCCACAACACAAUGAUCUGAAAUAUUAUAAACCUGGGCCAGACCCAGCGUGAAAUAAAUAGUUACAGCGGUAAAUAGAUCAUAGUCAAAAUGACAUUUCAGCUACGACGCUUCUACUCAUCUCACAAAAAACUAUGGAAAUGAGAACCUUGAAAAGAACAUGUAUUUAAAGAAAUAUAACGGAACAAAUAUAAAAUGCUUUCGAUCUUGAUCUGAUCAAAGUUCUAUCUGAACCAAGAACCAACCACGCACGGGAAAUCAAUUACCACAUGUCCUACCUUUCAAAGAUAAAGGAUAUCUACUAAAAAAUAUCUAAAACGGCACACGACAAACUAUCGAAGAGUUCUCCAAGGCAUACUUUCCUGCCAGGAACCAGAAAGGAACAGAAGCAACAAACGGCGUGAUGCGUCUACUGUGAUGAUUAGGACAGUUAUCGUUUCGAAUAUGAUCAAAACAACUACGUCUGAUAAAUCAUUGACUCCGUAGGCAAAUAGAUGAAAAAUGUCCUCUAAUCUUUUCUUCGAUAUGAAUCCUCUUGAUACUUAUUUCGUCAAUCAGUCCCACAAUCCUGGCAAAUUAACUUUCGUAAACGCGUCGUUCUGAUAAAAAAAGGACGGCUAUACACAAGCCACGUCGUCCUUUCAAUUUCGACUUGAAAACAUAUCCAUCGCGCACGAUCCUGCGAGAAGUCUCGCGAGUUAGUUCCUUGAUUUUAAGAGCUAAACCGUGAUUGGCUAAAAAGGUUUUACGUCACGGAAAUCGUUUUGUCGCUCGGGUUCGCAGACGCUAUUUUUCGGAGGGAGAGAAGCGACGACCGGAAAUGCGUCUGCGGUUCGCAGGCUAAUCCACCCCUUACAAGGAGAAAGCCAAGCAAUUCAAAUGAACAUAGUUCGAUACAGAGAGGUAGUGUACAGUGCACUGUUGCUGCAGGCCGCUUUGGUCGUUUGUUAUCUGCCACUUAUCAUAGCGACAGCUUUAAUACAUAAAAGAGGGACGCAUUUAUCGUCUUACCUUGCUUGGCAAUUUACAAUUACUUUAGUAUAUAUAAACUCAUCUAUGAACCCCUUUAUUUAUUGCUGGAAGAUCAGAGAAGUGAAAUUAGCUGUAAAAGAAACAUUAAGGCGACUCGUCCAUCGAUGGAGCGGUUAGUUUACUAUGGUCUACUCUGCUUUUUAGCUAUAAAUUCAUUCCAAACCAAAACUUGCUUUACGAAAAAAUCCUCCCCGAAAAGAAAUGAACGGUUUUACUUGAAUCAUUUUUUUAUACAAGCGAACAUUGCGAUACACAAAGCCCAUAUACUCCAGUAAAAUGGGGAAAGCCGCGAGCAGAAUUUAUUUCACUGGAGAAUUUCAGUUUUCCAUUCAGGCUAGCGGUAUAUCACGUGACUCAGUUACUGGCUUAAUUUACACUGAUUAAAUGUGUUACAGUAAACACCCGCGUGUAAGAACCUAGUGGUUUAAAAGCCUGCCGGCAGAAAUUGUUCACUUUAAUUUACCCAAACAUAAAAGAACCUGUUUAGCCAAGCAAGAUCAAGCAGGUUCUUAUACGUGGGUUAAAGUUCAAUCAUUGCUUUCGAGGUACGAGAACGCAACCUCUAAUUUCUGUUGGGUGUCCUGUGCAAUUAAUAAGGGAGUUUUUUUCGAGAUUGCAUUUGUGUCGACACAUAUUUGCCUCGUUUUGAGGCGCUUGCUUACGUUUUGCCUCUCUUUGACACGCUAACUCACGUGGUGAUUCGUGUGUUCAUCUUUCAGACGUUUGGUGAGGUCUGCUAUUCUGUCUUCCUAAAGCCUUCAACUUUUAAAAGAGUGCUGAAUCUUAGUAAAGCUUACAUAUUUAAGAGUUUGCUGAAGGUCUACUAUCGAUCUGUGUUUAAUGAAUCUUCCAAAGCGUUCAUCUUUCAAAAGUUUGCUGAAACUUUACACCCUGAGUGAAAUUUUACUUUGGAUUAAGCCUUCAUAUUUUUCUUUGGAAAAUGCGUGCGAAUCCUGGUGCAUGCAUCAAAUCGGGUUGUUUACCUCGGCGUCCGUUUUGCCACAAAGUAUAUUUACCGGAGAGUUGUGAAGCUCGGCGUCCGUUGUGCCACAAAAUAAAUCUACUGAGUUGUGUAACUAGGCGCCCGUGGUGCCACAGAGUAAAUAUACCGAGUUGUGUAGCUCGGCGGCCGUUAUUCCACAAAGUAAAUCUACCUAGAUGUGAAGCUCGGCGGCGCCUUUUCAUCAGUGGAAGCUCAAUUCUAUGAUAUAUAUUAUUUACAUUUUAUUACCUUGCUUAUGCAUUAUAUUUCCUCUUUUUUGCUCUAUGUUUAAUAAAACUGUAUUGUUCUUAGCCAAUCCUCAGAUUCAAGAAUUUUUUUUUAAUGUCUAUUGUUAUGAUGAAAAACAGGUUACAUUCAAAUAAUUCCCUAAGCUCUGAAACUGUUUCAGUUUCAGUUUCAGUUUAGUUUCAAUGUAUUUUUUUCCCAGAAAAAAAAAUACAUAUGCAUAGAGAUAUCCAAUAUAUUACAAAAAUGUUAUUUAAAGAUUAAAGAGACGUAAAUUGCAAGUAAAAGAAUUUUUAAAAAAAAUUCCUGGCGAGGAAGCUCAAAUGGAAACCUUAGGGCUUAUUAUAUGAGCUCGCUUCCCAACCGAAGACUAAACAUAAUGAAUAAAUAAGCUGCAAAAUCAUACUGAAAUAUAAUUAGGAUAAAAAGCAAGCAAAACAAAACGGACAAAACAGACAAAAAGCAACAAAAAACAAGUAUUAUUUACAAAUGGAUAAUCAACUAAGAAGAAAUGUUUUUAAUCUGGAUUUAAAAAGACAGAUAGUAGCAGCAAAAACGAACGUAAAGCAUUUUUUCUCUUUAAUUCUCAAACUCAUUAAUAAUUCAUAAAGAAAAUUCAAAGGAAAUUAAUGUUUAACGAGUGUUUGGAUAUCGGAUGAAAAACUGCUCAUUUUUGCAUCCUUAAUUUCUCCUUCAAAAAUGAUUUUGUUUGAGAAGAAAUAUCAAACAUUCGACACAGUGUUUCAUCGCCAGAUGAAACACCUCGAAGUUCGUCAAAAAUACUCCGCUACACGUCGUAUUUUCAACUCUCUUCUCGGUGUUUCAUCUGGUGAUGAAACACUGCGUCUCAUGUUUGAUAUAUUGCUUCUCAUCUCGUAAGUAUGGUACAAACUGACCCAGACAUAAUUUAGCCAAUUUUUUAAACAUGUGUAUACUGUUAAUACUUCCUGUCUGCGAUGAGACGAUUAGUAGUACAUUAAUAAAAAGCAAUUUUUAAUCAAUUUGAAUCUUUGUUUUACAGAUGUAUCGAUCAAGACUCGGUUAAUAAACUUUGUAUCACUGAUCAUGACAGUUUAGCUCGUUUUCUAAAAACCAGACAAUUGUGCUAUUUGUUUUGCCAAUUGCACGGCAGCAACAAGAUUGCCAAUAACUCAGAAAUCAGUCAGAAAUCCGUUUAAAAAAAUGAAAAUACAGCUCACAUAUCUAAUUUGUUUUUGACAUGUUGAAACUAUCAUCUAAGGAAAACAGAUAUAUUAAAAAAAGGUUCGUGAAACUGCAAUAAGCGUAAAAGUCUCUUGGCCUUUAAUAACAACACCACAAACCAAAUUCGAAUGAAGAUUUAUUGUAGCCGACGUGCUUGGUACUUGAAAUAAAAUGCGUGGUACAGAGAGUGUGCAUACAAACAGCGUUGAUUGAAACUAAAACGGUAAAAGAGCAAAAAAGUUACAAGUUGCGACUAAGGUAAAUUAGAGUAAGGAAAUAGCAAAACUGCAAAACGAGGACUGUGAAGUAAACUUACAUUUUUUCGGCCAGAGAAAACUGCUUUGAAGCGGACUGCGAAUAACGGGAAGAGACUUGCAAGAAACUAAAACAGAACUGCGCUAAGCACGGACCAAAAUGAACUGCACAAACUGUACUGCAAAACUACGAUAUGGAAAAUACGCUAGAACCACAGGCAGCCCAGACGUAGUAUGUGUCACUGAAUGAAUAUAUUAAUAUCCACAUGGACAAAUUAUUGCGAUGAGUCCUCGAAACUCCCAUGGACUAAAAUAGUCUAAAAGUCAAAAUAUAACAAAACAAAGCUAAGAUACCUUCAACUGAACGUAUCCUUGUCUUUCCUGGCCGGUUUAAGUGGCAUUUUGUUGAGUUUUGAAAUUGUAGGUACUAUCCACUAAAGAAGAAUUAAAGGCUGGCUACAAAACAAACAGACCAUCUCCACGCGCCUUCACACGAAGCGCUAUAAAUUCGAGAAUAAUCGACGAAUCCGCUCCAAAUAACCAUCGGCUAAUCUGCAGGUAACGUGUGCUCCUGCUUCUGGCUCGCUUGCUCCACAAAACCCAUCGCAACUGCACAAUAAUUGCUCGCUCAUCAACAACCACUGUUGACCUUUACGCUUCGAUAUGACCGCAAACGACCAGGUUUAAUACGCGACGUGAAUAUUCAAGCUUAGCGACCGCGUUCGCGCAACAAUGCAGCACUUGCUAUGGGAGGGAUGGUACUAUUGCUUCCAGGUCAAUCAAUCGGGAAAAUAAUAUUGAAGCCCUUGUAAUUUUUAAAAAGAUCCAAUUUGCCCAAGGAGCACCGAACAGAUACGAAUCUUAUAGCGGAGCUAAAAAAAAUGAGCGGCAGUGGAAAAAGUGAACAAGAACAUAUACCACAUUUUCUCCAUAAAAAGUGAAAACCAGGAAGUUUUCUGAACGUUUCACGUUGCAGUCAUGCAAAUCAACGGCAAGGAAAUGUACAAGAAAGUGUGCUGCAAUUAGACCUAUUGUUGUUUUCACAGUUCUGGUCAAGGGCAUCCAACUUUUAAUUUUUCACAUUUCACUCACCGGGUUAGGCUAUUUUUCGUAGAGAGUAAAAUGGAAUCCUAAAAUUUUCGGAUUCAAAAAUGUGAUGAAAGAAGGUAUCUGAAAAAUUAUCUCCUUCGUAAUACGUUAAAUUGCAUCUAAAAUUUUCAGGAAAAUAAUUCUGAAUUCCUCGUAAUUUCGAAAAGACUCAAGUUCCUCUAGAAUGGCCGAACACUGAGAUGCAAGUUUUAUAGCGCUACUUAGAAUGCAUUUCUAUAGAGCUAAAAGUACUUUAUGAAUAGCUACAGAAGUGUUUUCAAUUGAAAGUAUUUGAGGAAACAGUCGUUGGGUGGCCCUGUCUCGUUGCGUUCUCCGCUUAGCAUUACACGAUAUAUUUUAUAUUUAGUAUGAGCAAACUAUAAAUCAUUAGCUUCGCUUUUAGCCCUCCUGACUAUGUAAGCGCUGUUUAGAAUGCAUUUUUCGAUCAAAAGUACUCUGGACAGCCUUAAAUGUGGGUUCAAUGCCUUUAGGGGGAAAUCAUCGUUGGGUUCCCCUGAGUUUUGAGAAUAAUAAUAAUAAUAAAAAAAGAUAUCGCGCACAUAAAUUUUACUUUACGAUAUCUUCAGCUGUAUCUUCUAUUCAGCUGCAUAGCUGGGGCCAGAUUUUGCCUUUUUCCUGGGCGGAAAAUUCUCGUCCUCCUUCACCAGUUUGGACAACAUAUUAUGGAGUAAGACGUUGUUAAUCUAAGCAAAUAAGUCUGGUAGAGUCAAGAACCUAUGCAAGCGGCUGGACGAACAAUAUGACAGCAGCUGAGCCAGCGGACGUUAGAAGAAUUCGAACUUGAAAACCAGGGCUGCCCUGUUGAAAACUUACGGACGGUCCCGCAAUCGCCUUUUGUUUUCUGGUCAAAACUAACGCAGCUAACCUUCGGUCAGUCGAUUGACCUAGAAGCAAUAGUACCAUCCCUCCCAUAGCAAGUGCUGCAUUGUUGCGCGAACGCGGUCGCUAAGCUUGAAUAUUCACGUCGCGUAUUAAACCUGGUCGUUUGCGGUCAUAUCGAAGCGUAAAGGUCAACAGUGGUUGUUGAUGAGCGAGCAAUUAUUGUGCAGUUGCGAUGGGUUUUGUGGAGCAAGCGAGCCAGAAGCAGGAGCACACGUUACCUGCAGAUUAGCCGAUGGUUAUUUGGAGCGGAUUCGUCGAUUAUUCUCGAAUUUAUAGCGCUUCGUGUGAAGGCGCGUGGAGAUGGUCUGUUUGUUUUGUAGCCAGCCUUUAAUUCUUCUUUAGUGGAUAGUACCUACAAUUUCAAAACUCAACAAAAUGCCACUUAAACCGGCCAGGAAAGACAAGGAUACGUUCAGUUGAAGGUAUCUUAGCUUUGUUUUGUUAUAUUUUGACUUUUAGACUAUUUUAGUCCAUGGGAGUUUCGAGGACUCAUCGCAAUAAUUUGUCCAUGUGGAUAUUAAUAUAUUCAUUCAGUGACACAUACUACGUCUGGGCUGCCUGUGCUAGAACAUGCGGAAAAUAAAACUAUAGAAACUUAGAAAGGCGCUAAUGAAGAUGAAACAGCAAAGAAACACUAACGAGGGCGCGAAAACUGACAGAAAGGAAUAAAUACCUAAAUUAACGCAAAAAAAAAGACUAAACAAAAGGACGAAAAGAAGUAUAAACUAAUUUGAAUACGCAAAGGAAAAACAAAUUACGCAAGAAUGAAUAAUAGAAAAAAUGUUACACUUGGAUCUUACAGUUCGCUUGAACGUAGUUGCUUCGGAGAAAAGUCAUGGUAAUGACAAGCUACCAAGCAAUUAGACACCUGUAUUGUUCUGCAAAAUUCACUGGAGAGUCGAGGAGAGGUACAUGGCGUUUUUAAUUUUAAAUAUUUUACCUUUCAUAUAACAGAUCCGAAUUGGACGCGCCGGGAGUUGAUGUGAAAGGGGGAAAUGAAUUUAAAAAGCAAUUUAAAUGAAGAUAUAAUCUUGACGUAGUGAAAUAGCAAUUUAAGCAAUUGCAAAUAAAUCGCCCAAAAUGUUAAAGUUAUAGCAAACAAAGUUUGACAUGUCUGGGGAUAUACUCGGUUAAGACGUCCUCUUCUAAAGAAAAUGUGGCCAAUUUAGUGCUGGUAUCCAUGUGAACGUCAGUCAAACCUGAUUAUAAAAAACCGGCACAAGCAAUUUGAAGCUACAAAAUACAGAAACACUUUGAUAUAAGCCCCACCAGUAACAGGCUCGCCAAUAAAAGCUCCACUCUAACUUGCAUUGAAAUGAAUUUCAUUUAUUUUGAUAUUUUGAAGCUUUUACCAGUAACUGCAAAACAUAUUUAAAUCAGCGCUGCUUUAGCUUGUUUCGAACAGCUUUUUUCAAUUUCGUUAAAAUCCCCCUUGGAUAUAAGCCCCUCCGUUUACUUUAUCAAGAGCCCUAGAAAAAACUCUUACAAAGAUUUAUAAUCCCAGGGCUUUUAAGCGGCUGUUUACGGCACCGCAUAUCAUAUGUUCGGCUCACAAACUUAACACCUCCGUUAGCGAAAUUUUCUCGUUCUUGCUCUCACUAUGUUUACUAAAACUGCUGAUUGCUCUCAGCUAAUCGUCGAAUUCAAUUUUUUUUCAUGAUUUUUUUAUGAUAAAAACAGGUUACAUUCUAAUUUCCUAAGCUCAAACGAACAUUUUAUUUUCUUUAAUUCCCACCUCGUAAAUGGCCCAGACUUUCGAGCCCAUUAUUUGAACAUUUAUACAUUGUUACUGAGACCUCACUGCCUGCCAUGACAUUAUGAGCGCGUCAGUUUAACCUCUAGCAAUUGACGAAAACCGUUUUUUACUCAAUUUGAAUAUAUGCUUAAAAGAAAUAUCGAUCAAGACUUGGUUAAUAGACUUUUUAUUACUAACAGUUUAACUCGUUUUCUAAGAGCCAGGCAACUGUGCUAUUUGCUCGCUAAUCGCAUGGCAACACAAAGGCAACAACAAGAUUGUCGAAUUCCAUCGUUUAAUAAACUGAAAAUACAGAGCAAAUAUUUAAUUGUUUGCUGACAGGGUGCACGUAGCAGUCAUAUAAGGAAGUCAGAUAUAUUAAAAAAGAGUUCAGUUGACUGUAGCCGCAUCGCAGAAAAGUCAUGGAAAUGAAAAAUUUGACUGGAGGUGAAAACCUGCAAACAAUUGCAGAACUUGCCUGCUCUGAGGAAUUUACUGGAGAGGUACAUGGCGAGCUCGUUUUUCUCUCUGUCAUUAACAUUUUUUUGUCAAUUACAGCAUUUUUGGGGAAUACUCUUAUCCUAGUUGCCCUUCGCAAGGACACAUCAAUUCAUUCGUCAUCAAAACUCUUGUAUCGUAACCUAGCGAUAACUGAUCUUUGUGUUGGUAUCGUUGCCGAGCCUCUGUACGUCGCUCAUUGGACAUCUGUGGUGAACAAAAGAUGGGAUAUUUGCCAUUACACAGAUUUGAUAACCUAUUUCCUAGGUGUUACUUUGUGUUCAGUGUCGUUGAUAACAAUGACCACAAUAAGCGUGGACAGACUUCUUGCUUUGCUACUGGGUCUCAGAUACAGACAAGUCGUAACUUUGAAAAGAACACGUUUGAUCGCAAUUGGUGGUUGGAUUGUGUCCGUUGUCGGUGCAUCUACCUCCUUUCUGAAUCCUCUUAUAGUUUCAUUGUACCAAUAUAUUGUUAUAGCUCUUUGUUUAGUUACUACAAUCUGUGCCUACAUAAAAAUUUUCAUGUCUCUGCGUCAUAACCAAAUUCAUGGUCAGAACCAUGUUCUUCAAGGGCAAUCGAGCCAAGCAAAUACACUGAAUAAAGCUAGAUGCAGAAAGGCAGUAUACAGUGCACUGUGGGUGCAGGUAACAUUGGUUAUUUGUUAUCUGCCGUACGGUAUAGCUGCAGCUUUAACACCUCAAAGGGGGAUGCCUUUAUCUACUUACCUUGCUUUGCAAUUUACAGGUACUUUAGUGCUUUUAAACUCGUCGUUAAACCCAUUUCUGUACUGCUGGAAGAUCACAGGAGUGAGACAAGCUGUAAACGAAACAUUACAACAACUACACUUCUGUACCUGA